AUGCUCGGAGUCCCUCCCGAUCCAUGUGCUUCCUUCGCUGGAGUUACUAUAAUUAACGCGGGGUUCGACCGUACUCUGUACCGUUCCUGGCUAUAUUGCCCGUCCCUGGAAGAGAUAGGGGGAUCCACUCAGAUAGAUAGCAUCACCGAACCCCUGUAUCGAGUCACGGCGCUAGCAGGGAACAGACAGGACGGUUCCAAAGACUUUAAAGUGGGGCUCUUAUGGCCAAUCCAAGAAAGCGUAGUGGGGCAGCGGUGCCCGGAUGGGAUUAUUGAUGCCAUCACCAGUGACUUGGUAGUUGGGACUUUCUAUGGUCGUAGUCAGAGUAGGACACAUGGGUAG